AAGAUACACACACACACACGCACAAAGAGCAACACGCAUUCAGAGACAGAAGUGUAGAGCACAUCACAAGAGGCGCACGUCUUAGAGCAAAUAACGAGCACACACGUGCGCGCGCGCGCACACACGCUCACGCACACACACACACACACACACAUACACACACACACAGAUCCGUGCUACUGCCGUGUGGUGCAUGACAGGAUAGUCACAGAAAAGGCAGACCGAAAACAUCUCCGAAUCAUGCUGGAUUCACUGCUGAGGGUAAUAGAAAUCAAUGGCUGAGCUUUGAAAUCGUUGGAAAAUUAUCUGUCGGGGAAAGAGUGAGAGGGUGAGAAAAAGAGAGGGAGAGGGAGAGAGGGAGAGAGAGAGGUGAGAGCAGCAAUCAACAAAAACAAUAAAAAUCUUUCAGCAAUGGAACUUACAAUGGACAAUCUUGGGAACCUGCACAGCGUGACCCACUCGCAGCCUGGGGACCUGAUGAGCACUUCUCACGGCAGGCAGGCGGCUGCGUCGCACCGGAACCUGGUGCCACCCAGUCGGCCCGCAAUGGUCUCCAGCAUGGCCUCGAUCCUUGAGGGGGCCGGCGAUUACCGAACGGAGCACACCCUGUCCGGGCCCCUGCACCCCGCCAUGAGCAUGUCGUGCGACUCUCCGUCUGGGAUGAGCCUAAGCAGCACCUAUACGACGCUAACCCCUCUGCAGCACCUGCCCCCGAUUACAACCGUGUCGGACAAGUUCCAUCACCACACGCACCAUCACCACCACCACGCACACCAGCGGCUCACCGCCGGAAGCGUCAGCGGCAGCUUUACCCUCAUGAGAGACGAUCGAAGCUUGGCGUCUAUGGGAAACCUUUACAGCCACUACCCAAAGGACAUGCCCAGCAUGGGUCAGUCGCUGUCGCCCCUGUCCAACGGCCUGGGCUCUUUGCACAACUCUCAGCAGACCCUCGGAGCCUAUGGGCCUGGUGGACACCUGUCCAAUGACAAAAUGCUUUCACCCGCCGGUUUCGACUCGCACGCCUCCAUGCUGUCCCGUGGAGAGGAGCAUCUGGCGAGGGGUCUGGGGGGCCCUGGAGCCGGCAUGAUGCCCACGCUAAACGGCAUGCAUCCACACGGACAUCAUCACUCGCAGUCCAACAGCUCUUUGCUCUCCGAGAGAGAUCGACAGGCAGCCGCGGGAGGCUCCCAGGGAGGCGGCUCGGGACAGGUGGAAGAAAUUAACACCAAAGAGGUUGCGCAGCGGAUCACAGCGGAACUAAAACGAUACAGCAUCCCGCAAGCCAUCUUCGCACAGCGGAUCUUGUGCAGAUCCCAAGGAACACUCUCGGACCUCUUGCGGAACCCUAAGCCGUGGAGUAAACUGAAGUCCGGGCGGGAGACCUUCCGGAGGAUGUGGAAAUGGCUGCAGGAGCCCGAGUUUCAGAGGAUGUCUGCGCUAAGACUGGCGGCCUGCAAACGCAAGGAGCAAGAGCAGCACAAAGACCGCAACCUGGUCCCCAAGAAGCAACGCCUGGUCUUCACGGAUCUGCAAAGGCGGACCCUCAUCGCAAUCUUCAAGGAGAACAAGCGGCCUUCCAAAGAGAUGCAGAUGACCAUCUCGCAGCAGUUGGGUCUGGAGCUCAACACGGUCAGCAACUUUUUCAUGAACGCCCGCCGCCGCUGUGUGGACCGCUGGCACGACGACCAGACUGGGAGUCCUGGGCAGUCAGGCGCUUCCACCAGCACUUUCUCUAAGGCCUGAGAAGGGGACGAGCCAGCCGCCGAGGGCACAGUGCAACUCAAAGCAUCUCCAUCGGAGCACCUCUAGCUUUCCAAACCUGCAAAAAAAAAAAACGAUGAAGACUCCUCCUUUCCCAUGUAGUCUAAAAAAAUCAAAAACAAAAGAGAAUGAUAAGCAGAAUUUAUAAUUGUAUUAUUUCAGCAGGCCAGGACCCAAUCACGAAAAGUCCCAAUAUUUGAAGAAUCCAAGUUAAAAAAAUGAACCAGCAAGCGGAGUGAUGUCAGCUGUUGCAGUUACACUCCAGGUGCUGUAGGUGGCACUGCUCUGCAAACACACAGAAUCUUUUUUUUUUUUUAAAGAAAUGCACAACUGCGCCAUCUGGAAGAUGUUGAGUGAAACUGCAUGGAAGUCUCUUUCAUCAAUCAGAUCUAAACAUUUCACCUGGCCGUUUACAAUUGACAUUGAAUGCUUUCAUGAUACCCCUGUAACCCUUGGACGUACGGAGGGGCAGGGGGUGCAAGAAGCCGGUCAGGAGAUUAAAAGUUGCACUGGGUCCAGAAUGAAGUCUCAUUGGCAGGUCUGGAAGCACAUGAAAACCGAAGAACAGAAUCCAACAAUAAGUAAACCCAACCACCGCUCGCUGUACCAAAAGAAAAACAAAUCUUUUUUCUCGCACUGUGUGGCUUGAAGUUGUGUGUGAAUCUUGUCGUGCUCAAGCACCAGUUGUUCUAUUCUCGAUGCAUUGUCUCUGUUACCAAAGAAAAAUGUGUAAACUCACAGACACCAAAAAAAAAAAAAAAAAAAAAAAAAGGAUCACGUUUUAAAAAAAAAUAAUCAAUAAAAAAACGGAGUGGAACAAGACUUGGAGGUGCGGCCCCCUCCACCACCACCAUCCACCACCCUCGUUAGCUGCUCUCUGAGGAGAUUUCUCAUAGUGCCAAUGACAACUGCCUUAAUAAAAAUUAACAAAAUAACCCUGAACGUGGCACUGGUUACUGCCGGGUGACUGUGCCGUAACGCACCAAAACGAAGCAAAGCGAAAGAAGAGACAAACAGCGACUGAAAAACUUUGUUUCCAUGUACAGGAAAAAGAACCUAACCUCACGAGGGGCCUAAAGCGUCCUCCUCAGCGUGACAAUGAUGUUUCUUUCCCUCUUUCUCUCUCUUUCUGUCCUUUCUCUCUGUCUCUCUUCCUCUUUCUCUCUCUCUCUCUCUCUUUAAUAUUGAUGCGGGUAAUUAGUACCAUUCAAUAACGAAGGAUUUGUAUUCACUUUGCCAUGUGCUCUGUCGUGCAUAUGUGUGAGGCACCUUGUUGACAAUACCAAAAAAAAAAAAAAAUUAUGGAACGGGGAGAAGAAAAAUCCCAGUCGUGAAGGUGUAUGCAGAGUUCUGCAUCCCAUGUGAAUACCGUACUGAACAUUUUGAAUUGUUAAAAAAAGAAAAAAAAAGAAGAAGAAGUAGGGGAAUGGCACAGCAGCGCAAGGCACCUGGGCCCCCGGGUGGAGGGCACUGCUCUGGGGCUGACAGCCGCCUUGCCGAAAUGUUCCCCUGACGUUGUCUUAGUGUCUUGUGAUGUCGUGGUAAUGCUUGAUUCUGUAAACCUGCCGGGAGCCUCAUUUCAGGAGUACUGGGAAAAGGGGGUAUGUUGGGUGGUGGGAGGGUGGAUGUUGCAUCCUGGGAGAACUCUUGGCUGAGCUGGGGGUGGGGAAGGGUGGGGGGGGGGGGGUAUGUGGUGGGUCAGGUUAGGGUUCCCAAAGGCGCAAAAAAAAAAAAAAAUGGCAAUGUGGCCCUGGUUAUAGUCCACAAGUGGGGCAAUUUUAAAAGAGGGGCAAAAAAAAAAUACAAAAAAGAGAGACAUUUCUAGUGAGAACCAAAGUGGCUACCUCACUUGAGCUUUCAAUCUGUGGUUUUUAAAACCAUGACUGAUACCAAAGAUUUUUUCAACCUUCCCUGGUCUGUGUCUGUGCGUGUGUGUGUGCGUGUAUAUGUUACAUUGGAGGUCCCAUCCUACACGGGGUGGGGUAGGGUGCUGCUAGGUGGACCUAGUAGAGCCCUUAAUGGCAUUCUGUUUGAAAAUCAAUGCAAAAAACAAAACAAAACAAAACAAACCAUAAAAAAAGAGCCAAACCCAGUAUCCUGCUCCAGUCAAGCCUUGUAGGGAGAUACCGAACGGAGAUGGUAGAGGGAGGAAGAGAUUAGUGCCUUUUCCCUUCAACCAAAGGUAUGACUGCAUUCUCGAGCCGACAGCCAAUUCACGACGCACGCACAACGUUUAAAAGACACCUCCGCCCGCCCGUCCUCCCGAGCGUCUUCAUUCAGCUCUUCAUCAAGCAGACAUUAACAAAGCUUACCUGUUCACCUUCCGAGCAGCCAAAGAGAAGGGGAGCGAGAUGGCGACCCAAAGUGGCCGCCACAGCUUUACUCGAAUAUUCACACAGGACACAAUGAAUUCAUUUUGUUUGCUUUUUGUAUUAAUAACCUUUCAAUUUCAUAACUCCAGAUUGCGAAGAUCUUUAUGAUUAUACCAUUCUGAAUUCCACUUACAUUUGCAAAAAUUAAAUUUAAUGUAUUGGUAAUUUGUUCAUCCAUCCUGUUUUAUC